AUGCCCCAUCCAAUCAUCUUCAACGGCAGUCUCGGCCUAGGGCUCAUGCUAGUCGGCCUCGGCCUCAACGCAACCCUCCGCCCAAACCACCAUCUCCAAAGCCUAGAAUUUCCCAUCCCCACUGAACCUCUCGCAAAAAAGUUCAGUCUCGCUCUUAUGAGGAUCUGGGGCAUUCGCAACAUCACCGUCGGCGUGUUGAUCUCCAUCAUCUGGACCACGGGAGAUGAGACGCUAAUGGCCAAGGCUUUGAGCGCAGCGAUAGCUAUGCCGAUCACUGAUGGGUUCGGAAAUAUUCCUUCCAGUCUUCACACAUACUGCCAGAGGAACUUCAAUAUGCGCUCAUCAAAGUUCUGCCUCCCCGCGCUUGCUGUAGUUGGGGCAUUUGUUACGUCUGGAUAUGCAGAAGAUCAAUGUCGAUGUAUAAUCGGCGAAUCUUGUUGGCCCUCUACAGAAACCUGGGCUUCAUUGAACUCUACAGUCGACGGACAUCUGAUCCGAUACAUCCCGCCUGGUGCUGUUUGUUACAAAGCUCACUCUAGCUACAACCCUGUCGCCUGUGAGGCAGUCAUUAAACAAUGGUCCGAGUCAAAGUUUCACUCCAGCGACCCUGCCAGUCUUCACACCGAGUGGGCCAAUGCUGGCUGCACUCCAGUCUAUGAGAACGGAACCAGUAUCUACGGCGAUGCCCAAGCUGGUGAGCGAGGUUGUUCAAAUGGAGCGAUUCCCACCUAUGUCGUCAACGCUACCACGGUAUAUCAUGUUGUUGCGGCAAUGGAGUUUGCUAGUGAACAUAAUAUACGAUUGGUUAUCAAGAACACCGGCCAUGCUAGUAACGGAAGGAACUUGGGAAAUAGUAGUUUGUCAAUCUGGACUCACAACAUGAAGAGAAUUGAACUCCUGGAAAACUUUAUUUUAGCUUGCCCCAACGCCCAAAACGCCCCGAGCCCUCGUAUGGCAGCCACUGUUGGUGCCGGGGUUCAAGACGGCGAGAUGUACGAAGCUUUGGCAGGACAGAACGCGUUGGCGGUUGGCGGGACCAGAAAAUACGGCCAGGGGGCAGAUAACAUCCUCGAGGCAGAGCUUGUCACACCAGCAGGCAAAGUCCUAAUCGCCAACGAGUGUCAGAACCAGGAUCUCUAUUGGGCUAUUCGCGGCGGCGGCGGCGGCACGUUUGGUGUCAUUACAAAGCUAACCGUGAAGGCCUAUCCCGCACCAACAGUGGUGAUGGGAGGCUAUGACAUUAAAGCCAAGAACCAGACUUCAGAAGAGGAGUUCUACAACGUCAUUGCAGAUGCUCAUGCGCUCUUCCCUGCGAUUCAAGACGCUGGUGUUCAUGGUUACUACACAGUGACAGGUCUUCCUCAAGCUGAGGCGUUGACUUUUAGUGGAUCGUUCAUGGGAUUUGAUAUCUCUAACAAGACUUAUGACGAUGCUCUUGAACCAUUCCGAAGGAUGCUUGGAGAAUUCAACAGCACGAUUAAUUGGUCUUUUACUAAGAUCCCAGUUAGCACCUGGCAGGGCCUGCUCAAGGUGUUGCCGGAAAUUGGGACGGUCAGCGCAGGCUACGACAUUAGAGCUUCUCGCUUGAUCUCACGACAGACAGUCAUAGAAAAGAGAGAGAACUUUGCAGCCGUGUACAAAAAGAUCGGUCCCACCAAGGACGCACCAUCGAAUGGCUUGCCUAAUCUCUCUAUAUCCGGCACUCUGACCAUCAGCCCCAAGCCCGUAAACAACUCUCUCCAUCCCUCCUGGCGAAGUGCAACCGUCCAUCUGAUCACAGGCCAAAGCUGGACUGACUCUACAAACGAGACUGAAGUCAGAAAUAUUAUUCACGAUAUGACAUAUAGAAAACUCGCAUUGCUGAGGGAAUUGGAUCCUGCGCAAGGAGCUUACCUGAACGAGGCAAAUUCGAUAGAGCCUGGUUGGCAGUGGUCGUUCUGGGGACCGAACUACGCACGACUUCGUGAUAUCAAGGAGAUAUAUGAUCCUAAUGGCAUUCUGUGGUGCCCGCAGUGUGUUGGUAGCGAGGACUGUGUCCAGCGACAGGAUGGUAGACUUUGUCGAGCGUUUACCCCUUGGUAA